AUGGCUACCGUGCCCGACCAACAAAAGCAGAUGACCUGGGAAUUCCUGCCUGCAUGGGAUGUUGAAAGCACGAACAACGCUGUUGCAUUACGAAAAGGGGACGACCACCGGCUCGCGAUCUUUGAACGCAAGAACCAGCCUGCGCAGUUUGACCACAAGACCCUCACUUUUUUUCUCGUCUCGCGGCUGCUCCCCCGCCGCCUCAAGCAAGCUCUCGCCCUCCGGUCCUUCUCCUCCGGCCUCAACUCCCCGGCCGUCACCAUGGUCGCCGCCUUCGCCGCCGCCGCCAGAGAGUUCCUCCGGCUCGCCCUUGGGGCACUCACUCGUCUGGGGCGCCUGGCCGCCCAACUUUGGGGCUUCAUUGCCCAGAGGGCCGUGCCCCUCACCACCACCAACACCAACGCCGCCGCCCAAGCUGUGCCCUGGGAGGCGGGUCUGCGCCUCGCCGUUCUCGCGCCCUGGUCUUUGCGGGUCCCAACGGUCCCGGCCCCGGCCCCUGCUCUUCCCCCGGCUGCUCUGGCCGCCGCGCCUGCCCCUCCCCCUUCGCCUGUCUCGUCGCCGCCGCCUGCCCCGCUUGUCCUGUCGCCGCCUGCCUCGCCUGGUCGUUUUGCUCUCCGGGCUCUUGCGCCCCUGCCGCCGUCAGGCAUCCGGGCGCCGCCCAACUCGCCGGUUCUGGAUUCUCUGGGCCGUGACCCUCGCCGCGCCACCAUUCCGGUGAAGUACUUCCGCCAGCUCCCAGAGGGGGGACGCUAAGCGUUGACUGGAAGCAGUGGGCACCACGCGGCGUCGUUGGUUGCUAGGAACAGGGAUGGAAACGGAGGAUCAUCCCAG